AUAAAGCCAGAGCGUGCCUUUACCGCCAGGGGAUUGGAGCAAUGACUUGUCAUUAAAGUCACCCACCCUCUGAGCAUCUCAGACAGAGUUAGAAGUGUUUGAGACACGUUCAAGGCGGCGAGACACUGAGAUAACUGAUUUAACCACGCCGGACAAAACGACACCUGAAGCGACGGGAGAUACUCCUGGUAUUCAGAGAGAGCGAGAGAUGGAGGAGGAGAUGCACCCGGCGGACGAAGGUCUCUCUGCGCCCAAAAUCUGCAGGCAGGAGCAGCAGCAGCAGCGAAGCCCAUACAGCUCUCUCAAGACCUUCCCGAGCAAGCGCGCGGCGGGUAAGGCGAGAUAUGAAAGACCCACAAUGGUGGACAUCCCGCAGUUAGGAGAGCAUCCUCAUCAUCUCAGUCAGCAGCACCAGCAGUACUCACAGCGCAUGCCGCUUCAGCAAACCUCCCUGUCCAUCAGCAGCAGUCAGCAGCACCGUCUCCCCUGCGAAAUCAGGCCCAGCAGCAGCAGCAGCAGCAGCAGCAGAGUCGCGACAUCCAGCGGAGCAUCAUCCGCGGGGAGCGCAACAGCGGCGGCGGCGGCGGCAUCAUUUGGCAGCCAGAGGAGGGUUGCCGGCCUGGUGUCCAGCAGAUACCCGGCGGGUCGCGCCGAGCUUGUCCAGUCUCCAGACUGCACUUACGGAAUAAGCUCAGAAAACCGGCUCAUAUUGGAUGCUUUUGCCCAGCAGUGCAGUCGAGUCCUCAGCCUCCUCAACAGCAACGGACGGCUCCUUGAGCCCCAGCCCUCCAUGGUUCCUCCAUCUUCAUCCAUCUCCACUCUCAUAAAACAAGAGGACAGCUGCAUAUCUUCAGGAGAUAGGCUCAGUACCAAGCCCAGACCAGAGUCAUCAUCCCUGGAGAAUGCAAGUGAGGGGAACCAACGGGGGAACCACUGGAACCAGCAGCAGACUUCCACUUUCCUCCGGAUUUUCACAGAGUCUCUGCAGAACUACCUGCUCUCUGGAACACAGUCAUCAGACAGUGAAAGGUGCCGGCCAGUAGAUGCUGAGCCAGCAGUAUCAGGGUCACCUGGACAGAACUUGGGUGGUUGGGCGUCACCAGCACCGUCUGAGUCAUAUGGACACCCUUCGUCUACACUGCCUGAGGAAGACGAGGAAGAGGAAGGAUGUUGUCCACGCUGCAUAGAGCUGGAACAGGAAGUUCUUAGUCUACAACAGGAGAACGAGGAACUGAGACACAAACUGGGCAGCAUACCAGCUCCUUGCCAGAAUGUUCUGGACUUCUUUAAGAAUGUUCUUCAACACUACAAUCAGUUUGUGCAGCCCCAGCCUGAAGAGCAGCUUACUGAGCAGGGCAGUAAGCAGCUUCUGGGGAACUAUCCUCUCUUCAUUACCAAUAAGCAAUGGGACGAGGCAGUCAAUUCCUCAAAGAAAGAUGGCAGACGGCUCCUGCGUUACCUGAUCCGGUUUGUGUUCACCACAGAUGAGCUGAAGUACUCAUGUGGCUUGGGGAAGAGGAAGCGUUCAGUUCACACAGGGGAAACGGGACCGGAGAGACGUCCUCUGAACCCUGUCAAGGUCACCUGUCUCAGAGAGUUUAUCCGGAUGCACUGUGCUUCUAAUCCUGACUGGUGGAUGCCGUCUGAGGAGCAGAUAAAUAAAGUCUUCAGUGAUGCAGUGGGGCACGCGCGGCAGGGACGGGCAGUUGGCACAUUCCUGGGCAAUGGGGGCAGCUGUAGCAGCAGCAGUGGCAGUUUAUACAUGGAGAGCUACGACUCUCUCUCACAGCUCUCUCAAGAUGAGCUCUAUCUGAAGGGCUCACAGAACAGCCUGGGGGACUAAAGAAGACUCGUACGCCUUAAGUUCAGUAUUCAAGUCAUGGAUCAAGGUGAGGGGGGAUUCCUUUGCUGUCAAUAUGGUUUGGAUCAUACGGACAGUUCACAGAACUUACUUGAUGGUAAAGGUCUUUUUUGAACCAAUGUUCAAUGUCAUUCUGCUGUAUUGCAGAGUGUAAUCCUUAUUCUUCCCUAAUGUGAUGACAAAAUGGUAAACAUUCCGUUUAUACGCUUUUCCCCUGUCAAUGUUAAAUGGUUGAUGGGCAGCAGAGUUGGUUGAAUUCUGCUAGCUUUCUUCAUGGCAACACAUAAGACAGUGGCAGUCAUAGUCAUAUAGAUCACAUUAACAGUACUUGAUUUUUCUAAUCUGUAUUUUUUUUAAUGGACUUUGGCUUUAUUUUCUGCUGUAAUUCAGUACACAGUGGCAUCAUUUAUGAAAAAUCAGGUUUAUCAUGCUUCAUUUCAUAUCUGUCUCCCCAUUUGUUCCAUUGAAUGUGAUUAAGAAUGUGAUCCACUGUAGCAACAUGAAUGUAUUCAUAGUUACUUUGUCAUUGUAAACAACGAGAGCUUCCUUGUGUAUUCAUGCAGAUGGCCUAUAAAUGAAGGUGCUAUUACAAUAUUCAGUUAUUUUCUCAGAUAAGGCUGAAUUUAAAGUGCCACUCCCUAUUUUAACUUGUGAUGUUGAAUAAUCUGUAAUGUUUAUAAAAACUUUGAUGUUGCAAAAAUCAGUUUCAUGAUGGCUGCAGGAUCAAAUCAAAUCACUAUUACCAACUCUACAAUUCGUGCGCAUCUGUGACUGUGGAGAUAAGGCUAAUGUGGCUUCCUCAUCUUUACUCUUUACUUUACUAGAAAUCCAGUACGGAGGCUAUGUUGUUGUUUGUAAUUUGUGUUGCUGCUUCUUGAUUCUAGUUUUUCAGGCACCACAAAGAUCAUGUUUUAAAUGUAAGAUUUUUGAGUCUUUGCAGGAUCAACCCUAAAUACUUCAGCUGUAAAAUAUGCCCAUUUGGUGCAAUGCUGUUUAAUACAUAAAACAAUGCCUUAAAAAUGACACCACUAAGAAUUACAAAUACUGCCAAAUGAGACUGCUGAUAAUCUGAUGGUAGGGUACAAUGGGGCUAAAGGCACACCUUAAGGACAAAUUUUAUUUUGUUUGUUUGGUUUUUUGGGGGGGGGGAGGGUCACAAAAUAUAACAAAUUACAUAUAUUAUUUAUUUAUUUUUAAAUAUUGAUGGAGCAACACCAUUUGUGUGAAAAGAAAUAAUCAUGGAAGGUUGUAACAAAUUAGGAUAAUACUUACUCAAAAUAACUACUUAAGAAAAAGUCAACCAUUUCCUGUUUAUUUCAAUCACAUUUGUCAUUUCACAACAUCUCAAGUAUUCUAUGAACAAAUUAAUCUUCAUUAUGAUUGGAUUAGUCACUAUUAGGCCACUCUGAACAUUUUUCAGAACAAAUCUAUUCACCCAAUUUAAGAAAAACAGUGUGUUUAAAAGGGGCCUUUAGCCACUGCUACAGGGGGGCUUUUUACCCCAAUACUAUCCAUUCACUUUUUGGACAGCUAUUGAAAAAUGUUUGAUUUAAUGACCUUAAACAAAACUGAAAAUGAUAAAUAAGUAUUUUGUCUGAAAAGAAAUGUGUUAAUUUCAGGGUUUUUCAUUAGAUACAUAAAUUUGCAACAUUUACAAUUUUUUUUAUCAAAUUACCAUAUGCAAAGAUCUCAUGGAUCAGAAAUAUUUUGCAGUGCAUAGUGACAAACAGGUGUUUAGGAAAGUCCUGUGGUAGUUUUUGUUACUAUUUAGUGUUUUGGGAGAAAAUAAAAUCAGAGGAGCCUUUAGCCCCAUUGUACCCUAUUCCUUACAUUAGUGGCUUCUGGCUGUUUGUUGUUUUCAAACAAAAGAAACAAAAUUAAUGCCUUAGACAAGUUAAGAUACCCAAUUGCAGAACAUCUCUGUCUGUGAAAAUGUUCAUACAUCCAGGUCAUUGUAAAAUGUUUGGUAGAAAUCAGUCAAAGGCAACUUAAUACUUAAUACCAGGGACUAAAAAUGAAAUGUUUUUCAUUUCAGUUCGUUCUGAGCAAAAACUGUAUUUUUUUUUUUCAUUCCGGUUCAGAUGUUCCGCAGCCUCCUUUCCAAAAGGUUACCGGUUAGAACAAAAUAAAAGAACGGUUUAUAACGGGUCUUUAAAAAUGACAGUACUCUGCACUAAGGGGUGGGUGAAAUACCAGUUGCAGUGUUGCCAGAGCUCCCAAGAGAAACAAGCAACCUGGUCUGGAAAAACAAGCCACUUGCCUCACCAAAAUAAGUGAAAAUAAGCAAUACAGUUUUUUCCAGUGUGGUGGAUUUAUCAGCAUAGAAAUCAUAACAAGCAGUUAAUUAACAGUUAAGUAUAAUUUUAUUUUCAGAUCUGUAUCUGUCAAAACCAGACGGCAUCAAAUCUGUAUUACUGCAUCAUAUCUAACAAUAAUUCAGUGAAGACUUGGAAACAACUGAGAAAUAUACUUUUUACCUCUAAUAAUGUUUCCCUUGUAUCUGGAUUAGUCAUGCAUGUACAGUAUAUGCAGUAAUUAUACAUAGUUGUUAAAAAGGUCUUCAUUCACAGAAUGCUACAUCCACAACAGGCAAUUAGGCAAAGAAAUAUGUAAUGCAGCAGUUUCCUUCAGGAUCAAAGCACAUGUUUCAUUUUUUCAGGCAACAUGAAAUGGCGUAAUUCCAAAAUAAACCAUUUAGCCUUUAGUUUCAUGAAAAAAAAAAAUCGUAAAAAAAUUAACCUGUUAUAACCAGUUACAAGCAUUUAAAAAUACAAUUUUCACUCUGGAACAACUGAAAAUCACUUUGUUCUGCUUUUCGGUUACGUUCUGCUAAAAAUUUAGUUCGUUUUCAGUUUUCGUUCCUUGAACCUUUUUUAGUCCCUGCUUAAUACAUUUUGAAUACAUUUUCUAUAUGCUUCAUUAGUUGUCUGAUGGUGGGGAAUUCCCAGCAUUGAAAUCUGCCACUCACCACGUCACAGACUUGUGAUUGUCCUGGGAGUUUCAUAUUUGAAGAUCUGAGACACCAUUCAUCAGCUACUAACAAUGCUCUCUUAAUUUAACCCCUGAGGUUUCCACAAUUCAGUUUCAGGUUUAAAUAACAGGGAUUCCCAGUCAGCCGUUAAAGUGGCAUAAUGUCUUAUAAAUAAUUUAUCCAAGUUGAAGUUGCGUUUGACUACCAGACAUAUAAAAGCCUUUGUUGUUGUGAUAUGUAACCUGUUGUGAUUGUACAAAUCCAUGUUGAUUGGAAAUUAUUAGUCCUCUAGAACGUGUCAACACUGUGAACCCCAGCUAAAGUGAUAAGACUGUUUUUUCCUUUACUUGUUAAUGACAUUUUCUUUUCAAACAGAGGAUGCAUUUAUGUAAUGUGGACACAAAUGCGGACAAUGAAACAAAAUAAAGCCAUUGCAACGUUUUUUGUGAAACCAAAACGAAGGCUGUCAAAUUCACUGCA